AUGAGUGCAUUUGGGUACAGAUCGCAAGUCUGGAGUUGUUGCAGCUGUUCUUCCUGUGGAGCUUGGGGUUUCUCAUUUUCUGUUGUGGUGCUGUUCGCCACAGUUCAGAGUUCUGACUGCGGAACCCAGAUAUUCACACUGCGAUCGCAGAGCUUCUGGCCGGGUCUCCACAACCUCUGUGCGGGCCUCCUCCUCGUUCUCGUGGCAUCUGCUUCGGGCGUGUGGGAGGUGAAGGCCAUGCGAUCACGGCUGGAUGAAAGCGAAGGCCGGUGCCUGAAGGUUGGCCGUGAGUUCUUCCUGGCCGGCAUGUACUUCGUUGUUGCUGGCUUUCUGAGCUCGCCUUCCACUGCCUCCGAGUCUCAGGAGGACUUCGUGAGCGGUGUGUCGGUUCAGCCCCGUGAGUCCCUGAUGACUCGCUGCGCGGUGGACAAGGCGAUGAAGGAUCGAAUCGCAUCUGUGGCGAAGACCGCCAAGCUGACCGAUGCCAUGAGAGUGGUCGCUGCCGCCAAGGUCCGAAACGCCCAGAACGGCGUAGAGAAGCAGCGUCCGUUCACCGACGAGCUCCUGAGCAUGAUCAAAGGCCUAGUGAAGCGACUCAAAGGCAGCGGCUUUGAGGCAGAGCUUCCGAUGCUGCGAGUGCCAGAGAAGGUCACCAAUGUCGGCAUCUUGAUGAUCACAGCCAAUCGAGGACUCUGCGGGGCCUACAACACCUUCAUCAUCAAGAAGGUCUAUGCCCGUAUCGAGGAUCUGAACAAGCAAGGCAUCGUGCCCAAGCUGUUUAUUGUUGGCAAGAAGGGUCUGGCCGCCCUGUCGACGCGUCUGGCCAAGGGCGUGGAGUACAACUACACCGAGGAGUGGUUCACGAUGCCCGACAGCAUCAGGGCGAAGGAUUCCGCCGAGAUUGCAGAGGUGUUGCAGAACUACUUCUUGGCCGGAGAGGUGGACAAGAUUGAGAUUGCAUACGGCCGAUUCAUCAACCUGCUCAGCAACGAGCCCUCGCUCCGAACUCUCUUGCCCCUCUCGCCCACGGGCAUCGAGGACCCGGAUGAUGAGACCUUCAAAAUGACCACUGAAGACGGCAAGCUGAAAGUAGAGAAGCAGAAGGUGAAGGCUCCUAAGGCCAAAGAGAUCGAGGCAGAUGUGAUCUUCGACCAGCCGCCAGAGGUCAUCCUGAACUCCAUGCUCCCGCUCUACCUGAACUCGCAGAUCCUCUCCUUGAUGUUCGAUUCGCAGGCCUCUGAGCUUUCAUCACGAAUGUCUGCCAUGAAGGUCGCUACGGACAAC